UCGAUAAGGAAGAACCCCUCCAAAACCCUUUUGUAAUAGAUUGAGAGUUUGGCUUGACCAAAUAAGGGAGCCAUGAACUCUUUCUCUCCUACCGCACUUCUAUCCUCUUUCGUUCCUCGGGGAACUCCUCUUCUUAGUUUCGUAUUCAAAAACCAUAGAAUUAAGCUAAAUCGUUCCUUUCUACUGGGUUUCAUUUGCAAAUCUCAACUUCACACGGAGAGAGGGCUUGAAUUCGACACCGGGGAUUCGUUUUUCCGCGAAGAGAGCGCCACGGGACGUGACCUUGGCGUUCUCGCGGCGUCCUUGUAUAAGAAUUCCAAGGGAUCUCUUCGGAUUCUCGACGCAUUGUGCGGCUGCGGUAUCCGGUCUCUACGGUAUUUGGUUGAGGCCAAGGCAGAUUUCGUGUUGGCAAAUGACGGUAAUGACGAGAACAGAAACGUUAUACUUAAGAAUCUUUCAACAGUUCCCAGAGGUUUCGGAGAUGACAGGAGAUGGUAUGCAACGCAUUUUGACGCUAAUAGGUUAAUGAUGGAACGCUUUCUCCAGAACGAUUACUUUGAUCUCGUUGACGUUGAUUCAUUCGGUAGUGAAUCCACCUUUUUGCGACAUGCUCUCUCCAUUGUCAAAUUUGAUGGUUUGCUUUAUGUUACUUCUACAGACGGGUUCUCUUCCGGUGGCCACCGUCCUCACCAUGUUUUAGAUUCAUAUGGAUCAUACAUAUGUCGAUUGCCAUAUCCAAAUGAGAUUGGUCUAAGAAUGCUUAUAGGUGGGGUGGUGAGAGAAGCUGCUGUAUUAGGUUAUCAUGUAACGCCUCUUUUUUCAAACUAUUCAUUCCAUGGUCCAGUUUUCAGAGUGAUGCUCCGGUUAAACCAUCAGAAGCUUCUAGACAAUAGACACUAUGGCUUCAUAGGCUACUGCAACAAAUGUGGUCACUCACAAACUAUUUCAUGGGAAGAACUUGGACACAUUCAUUGUCCCUGUGGGGAAGCUGAUGUUGCUGUUUCGGGACCUCUUUGGAUAGGACCUCUUCAUGAUAGAGGCUAUGUUAGUGCAAUGUUGGAUCUUGCAGAAAACUGGGGUUGGACAACGGGUGAAAAGGGUACCGGUUUGGGAAAGUUGUUGAAUCAAAUGGUGGAUGAAAGUGACCCUAGGUUAUCAGUGGGAUACAUCAAAUUGGAUAAGAUAGCUAAGCAUGCAAAAGUUAACUCUCCUUCUGUCCAGAUUUUCAUGAGCACCCUGCAAAAGGAGGGUUAUGCAGUUAGCAGAUCGCACAUUGUUUCUAAUGCAGUUAAGACGAACUGUCCCAUGGCCACUUGUGUUAAAAUUGCAAAAGAACUUAGCAAAACCCAUCUUUCAUAGAGACCCACCAUGACCAUUUUAACACUAACAAGCAGUGUUCACAUGAUUAGGAUUUAGGAAGGGAAGGACAGUCAGAGAAAACCACCCCAAUAUGUUUUAGACCAUGGUCACUUUGAAGAUUCUUCUAGUGUUAUUCCUUCAGGCAGACUCUGGCUCACAUGGAAUACAAGACAGGUAUGAGAAAUGGAAGUCGGCAAGAAGGGAAACACUGAAGAGGAUUAUAUAUAUUUUUUGUUAUUGGUCUAAUAAUGUUGUUUUAUUCUCAAUUGAACAAUAUAUUUGGUAUGAACUAACAAUGAUAUUACAUAUUAAUAUAAUUGGAGAAGAUUAGAAAGUUCUCAGUGA